AUGUCUGGGAUUACUGCGGUUGGCGCAAUCACGAACGAUGAAAGUAAUAAUAAUAUGUUGACACCACCUAACACGACUCCUUCAACGCCAGCGCAAAGGAUUAAAAACGUAUCAUCGAGCUCACCAGAUAUUAUCCAAGGGGUGAUCUUACGUUCUUCUCCACAAACAAUGACCAACACUAGUCCCACAUCGUAUGGAACUUUAGAAUCACCAAUUUCCAAUCAGUCAGUGAGUAGUGGCCAAAGCCCAACCAUUUCCGAUCCCGUAACACCUAUCUCAAGCCCUGAAUUUUCAAAUUACGUUGUCGAUACGAACUCAAUCCGUAAUUUUAAUAAUUGCAAUAUGCAUUUUAAUAAUUCGGCUUCCGAGAACCCACUUUUGUUUUAUAACGGUCCAGUGCAACCUUAUAUCGAACAAUACAAUAACGAAAUCUCGUAUAUUAUUUAA